UAUGCUAAGGUCUUUUUUGCGGCUAACAAAGUUUGAGAUAAUUUCCAAACAGGCAAGAAGUGCUUGUCUACAACGUAAAGCAGCCAUGACCAUGGACAAAGUGUAUUUUCGCCAUGAUCCCAGCACCGAAGAUUUGCACAUUAGCUUCCGAUAUGCCAAUCCGGAGCUAAAUAUUGACAAAGAGUUUAAUUUUUGUCGUAAAAUUGAUGAAAAAUUGGAAGUCACACUGAAUAGGAUUCGUGGUAAUAUUGAAAAAGAGUUCAACAAAAAAUUAAGAAAAGGUAAAAAGAAAUCGCCGGCUCAAGUGCAAGAAUCUCUGCCAGAAACGAUUACAAACGGAGAGAUAGCCCUUGAAUUCCGCCGUUGCGAUGAAAAACUGGAGGAUAUCACAUUUGCUGAAAUGUUAAAGGAACAACCCAAUAACAUAACCUUAAAAGUAUUGGAACAGAUAUUCAAUGUUGUGGUAAAUCAGCCAUGGGUGGUUAAUGUGGUGUUGCCCACCUCAAUCAUGGCCGGCUUUACCGUGUAUCCAAGUAAAUUGGAAAUGAAAUAUUCCGAUAAAGCCUUUUGUCGUGCGGAAUGGUUUAAGGCCAAAGUGCCGCCAUCGGGAAAUAUUCAACAUGCAACAUGGUUAAAAUGCGGGGAAGGUUUUUCCUAUGAAACCUCUAACGAUGAUGUGGGCCAUCAUUUGAAAUUUGUCUUGACACCUGGAAAUGCUCAAGGACAAUUCGGUCCGUCCGUUGAACAAAUUAGCAAAAAUGAAAUACAGGCUGGUCCUGGAACUUGUCCAUUUGAUACAAGACAUUUCUUUACACAAUCCCGUUUAAAGGAUAAUGCUUUUCGCGUAGUAUCUUACAAUAUUUUAGCUGAUCUAUAUGCGGACAGUGAUUAUUCCCGUACUCAGCUGUUUCCAUACUGCCCACCCUAUGCUCUACGUGUGGAUUAUCGCAAACAAUUGUAUAUUAAAGAACUGUUGGGAUAUAAUGCUGACAUUAUAUGUCUCCAAGAAGUGGACAUAAAAAUAUUUGAAUAUGAUUUAAAACCGGUGUUGGAAAAUGAAAAACAUGCCUUUAGAGGAGUUAUUGCACAAAAGGGUACUUGUGGGGAAGGUAUUGCUACAUUUUAUCGGUCUGACCGUUUUGAAUUAGUUGAUAGCUAUAGCAUAAAUAUUGGAGAGCAAAUACAGAAGCUUGAUGUUUUCCGAGAGUUAUGGGAAAAAAUCAAAUCCAAUGAAAAGCUUGUGGAGCGCAUUUGUGAUCGUAGCACAACGCUGCAAUUGAAUUUAUUGAAAAUGACAAACGAUUGUUACGUUUUGGUGGCAAAUACCCAUCUCUAUUUUCAUCCCGAUGCCGAUCAUAUACGUCUUUUACAAUUCGGCUUUAGUAUGUUGUACAUUGAAGAUAUAUAUAAGAAAACACUAGAGAAAUAUUCCCUACAAAACGAAAAGCAGCUGGCGAUUGUAUUUUGUGGAGAUUUUAAUAGCGUUCCUGAAUGCGGCAUUUAUCGUUUAAUGACUGAAGGGUUCGUGGACAAGGAUUUCAUUGAUUGGAGCAGUAAUGCUGAGGAAGCUGUAAAAGAUGUAUCCCUCAACCAACCGUUUGCUAUUAAAUCGGCCUGUGGUACUCCAGACUAUACCAAUUAUACACAUUUAUUUAGUGCAUGUCUAGAUUAUAUUUUCUAUCAAUGUGAUCGCCUCGAAGUGGAACAGUAUGUACCCCUACCAACGGAAGAAGAGUUGAAGGCUAAUAUAGCCAUACCAUCUGUUGUGUUUCCUUCUGAUCAUGUAGCUUUAAUAGCUGAUUUGAAGUUCAAAUCGAAUUAG